UAAAAUAAUUUAUUAUGGCUCUUGUAAACUAUGAAGGCAGCGGUAGUUCCAGUUCGGAAGACGAUCCGCCAAAUCUCAUCUUUAACACGCUAAAGAGAUCUGCUGCUCUGCCCACAGCUGUCACCCUUUUGGGCCCCAAGAAGGCAAAACCUGUGGAGGAGGAUGCCGAUGAAGUGAUAGAUGAUCCCGCUCUCCAUGGCGGACGUAUCCGGAGUUUUAAGCACGAGCGCGGCAAUUGGGCCACCUAUGUUUAUAUACCGGCACUUGCCUGCGCUGAGCAGUUGGAGGAAUUCCAGGAGGAAGCCAUUGCCUGCCUGGCACCCGACGUCCAAAUGCAAGCCAAUGAGCCACUGCAUCUGAGUCUCAGCCGGACUGUGGUGCUGCAAUACCAUCAAAUCGAUGAGUUUUCGCGAUCGCUGCAGGUCGCCCUUAACAGCUCCACGGGCUUUGCUAGCACUCUUCAAGGCCUCAAGAUCUAUACGAAUGAGGAGCGCACGCGCACCUUCCUGGCAGUGCAGCUGGACGGAGCCUUUACGGAGAAAGUGCUCUCGAUCCUUCAGCCCAUUGACAAGGUCAUGCACGACUAUCGUCUACCCAAGUUCUAUGCCCCGCCCUCGUUUCAUGUGAGCCUACUUUGGUGCGUGGGCGAUCAUGAGGACUUGCUAAACAAAAAGCUGAAAGAGCUGCGGGUGCUUCUGGAGGAUCAGGACACGCUGGAACUGGCUGUCAAUGAAAUACACUGUAAAUGUGGUAAAAAAGAUUUUACUUAUAAACUUAAAUAGAACGUAGUGUGAAUAAUAAUGUAUAUCAAUCA